CAGUAGGCUUUCAUCUUAUGAAACACAUUGCAUCCAAGAUAAACACUUAACAGUGGUCAAGGUGUUGAGGUCUGCAGUGGAGUUUUAUUACGACCAUACUGACUUGGUGCACACAAACUCUCCUCAGAUAACCUGCCAAUGUCCUAAUCACGUCUUUGUCAGAAGAGGGUGAUUAUCUUGAUCGUUCACAGAAUUGCCGCUCUCUAUUGACUACUUGACAAAGGAGCUAGUCUUUUCCCUAUGAACCCACUUAUCUCAAAUUGCUUAAAAGGUAGAAAUGUUUUUUUGAAAGAAAAAAAAAAAAAGAAACAGCAGAGAGAUUGUAAAGAUAAGACUUGGGGUAAUUAACAGUAAAAGGUUUCUGUAAUACACCUUCAUCUAUUGGCUGUUGGGGGUGGAUGGGGUGGAUGUUUUGUAAGUGUUUGUAGUGAUCUUUAUAUAAAAAAGGGAGUUGAUGGUUCAGGCCACUUCAUGUCAUCAUGGGUUACAGAGCAUUACUUUUUUUGAUUGUGGUUUGUGCUGCAACAACUGCGACGUCCAGUUUAGAGAGCACCAGAUCUGGAUCGCAGAUUCUUCAAGCCUUGCACUGUCCACCCUGCGAGCGCAUCCACUGUUCGCCCCGCAGAGCGCUGAGGCUCCAGUGUAAGGGGGGUGUUACUACAGGCGUCUGCGGCUGCUGCCCUGCAUGUGCCAAACAAGCCGGAGAGAGCUGCGGAGGAACAUGGGACUACCUGGGGAAGUGUGAUGAAGGCUUGGUGUGUGUGUACCAGGAAUCUACUGAGAGCAAGCCAGAAGCAGAGCACAAGGGGAUCUGCAAGUCAGUACUUGACAUCCUUGAAAGAGACGCUUGUCGUCCAGACUGUACAUGGGAAUUCUGCCAGGCAAACCCCAAUGAAAUCUGCUCAGCCAGGUCUGUGUCAGUGGAAAAGCGUGAGUGUGGAGGUUUCUGUCAACACACCACCUGCUCCAGCUGUUUGGUUCUCAGGCGUCCAGCGUGUUCGCAGGCUUGUGCUCAAAAAGACCAUGUCUGCCUGCAUCGUUUCGGGAGGUGUGUGCACAGCCACCUGGAAGCACAAACACAGGCAGCCUGCCACCAAAACCUGCAGAGCAACAAUGAGGGCUACUUCAUGUGUUUGGCUCCUGCUUGUCCAAAUGCAGCAGAAUAAUUAUGCAUUUGUGGAGGAUCUGCUCCAAAGUGAUCUAGGUUUAAAAGGUAGCAUAUUAAGGCAGCUAUUUUUUGUAUGAUUUUUUUGUAACCUUUGUGAAUGCAGAUUACAAAUGAAAGAAUAAUUAUGUGAAUGUUUUAUGUAAUAUUACUUUGAUCAGUUUAUUCAUUUUGAUUUGUUCCUGUGCAUUUGUAUGUAUAAUUUCUAGAACAUUAG